ACAGUCUGUUGCAUUUUAAACGGUCAGAAUUGUCAGACUACAAUUAGCAUUCGGAUUGUUCGUUAUCGCAUUGUUUGAGAAAUUUAUGUUAGAAAACGAGAUGAUAGUGGAGUUACCAGAAGCUACUUCCUACUUCUGGAAAAAAAAUAGAAGCACAACGUACGGCAGUUGGCCCUUCAACGAAUCCAACAAAUGCAAUGCCGAGCGCAUGGCCGCCGCUGGAUUUUAUGUUGUUGGGGACAGCAAUGAGCCAGACUUGGUUGAAUGUUUCAUUUGUAGCAAGCAACUCGAUGGUUGGGAAUCGGACGAUGAUCCAUGGAGUGAACAUGAGAAACAUCAGUCAAGCUGUCCAUUCGUUAAAUUAAAUAAGCAAGACGAAAAAGAAUGGACAGUGGAGGAAUUAUACGAUUUAUACAAAAAGUACAAGACAAAAGAAUAUAUGGAUCAAUUAAAAAAGAAUAUCACCACACUGGAAGAUAUAAUGGCACAGUUAAUGAACGAACUCUCUAGAUAAAAUAUCAAAUUACAAAGGAAAUACCGAUUGAAUAUUAUUAUGAAUUUUGAAUGAUGGAAUAUCUAUCUUAUUUGAAGAACUUCUGAAUGUUUAAAUAUAUUUUGUACUGCUUAGGAAAUACUAGUAUAUGGUAUACACACAAUCAAGAUUCUUAUUUCGGACUCAGCUCAUUCAAUUAUAAAUUUAAGCAUUAACUACAAAGAUAUUUAAAGCAGAAAAUUUAUGACAAUAACACACAAAUUUAUCUCAAAUGAGUCAAGAUUUAUGAUUCUCUAUAAGCGAGAUACCCUAGGGUGCGUUCCAAAAUAUGGAGUAAAAGCAGGAACAGUCUUGUAUAAAAGUCGGACAAGCCUUUUUCAUAACACAUAAUGCAUGAAAUAUAAAAGAAUCAGCCAUUCAAAGUGUAUUUUAAAA